CAAUAAUACAAAGUGGAUAUUGAUGGUAGUUUGUUCCUCUAUAUUCCGUACAGAACAAUAAUUAAUUGACUAAUAGUAGUAGUAUUGACGUUUAACCCUAUAUAAAUUGCACUCCUCUUCCUCUGCUCGACUGCACCGACUCGCGCUCGGCUAAAUAACCCCCCCCUGCUCCGAGCCGACGGGAUGUUUGCCGAACCGCAAACCCUUUCCCCCCGCAACAACUUCAUCGCUGCUCCAGACAUGGUCAGCUUCAAAAGGAUACUGUAUACAUGUUAAUAAUAAUCAUUAUGUUCAAUCUUCUAUGAUCUCUGUCGUUUCCUUUCUCAUUCUCUUUCCUUGACAUCAUCCUUACAACCCUCCUCGUCAAUUGAAAGCCCGAUUUCCCCCAGAUAAUACCUCCGCUUCUCCUCCCUAUCAACAAACCGCAACCAUGAGCCUCCCCUCUAUAAGAAUAGCUCCAUCUGCCGCUUCAAGGGCUCUCAAUCUCCUCCGGACUGUCCAAUUCACUCACCCUCCAACAUGUCCCUGCCACUCCAACCCUGCGCAUCACCACCACCAUCGCCAUGCCUCCCCCAUAUCCAAGCAUGUCCGCAAUCUUGCAACCCCCAUCGAUCCCUCCCACCAGAAGGAAUAUGCCUUUGAAAUGGCCGCCUCGAGUAUCCGAUUUGGGCCAGGUUCCACCAAGGAGGUUGGCAUGGAUUUCAAAAACUUGGGCGCUAAGCGUGUCUGUAUCGUGACGGAUUCAAAUAUCGCCAAGUUAGACCCCAUGAAGCACGCAAUCGAGGCUCUGACGAAAGAAGGCGUGGAAUUUACCGUAUAUGAUAAAGUUCGCGUUGAGCCAAAGGAUUAUUCAAUCAAAGAUGCCAUUGCCUUUGCGAAACCAUACAACGCUGAUGCAUUUCUUGCCGUAGGUGGCGGGUCCGUCAUCGACACGGCGAAACUCAUGAAUCUAUAUUGUAUCUAUCCGGAAGCCGACUUCCUAGACUUCGUAAACGCCCCCCUUGGAAAAGGAUUGCCAAUUACGAGGACACUCAAACCUCUGAUCGCCGUGCCCACCACUGCCGGUACGGGCGCUGAAACCACAGGUACCGCCAUUUUCGACUUGGUUUCCAAGAAGGCGAAAACAGGCGUUGCACACAGAAACCUGAAGCCUACGCUGGGCAUAUGUGAUCCUCUCAACACACGAACCAUGCCAUCGCAAGUUCAUGCUUCCUCCGGUUUGGAUGUCCUCUGCCAUUCCCUGGAGUCUUGGACCGCGAUUCCCUACAACGAGAGAACGCCGAGACCAACCAACCCAAUCAACCGUCCCGCCUACCAGGGUGCAAACCCAAUCUCGGACAUUUUCUCCCUGCAAGCGCUACGUAGUACGGUCAAGUAUCUUCCUCGUGCUGUUAAGAACCCAGAUGACACUGAAGCCCAAAGCCAAAUGCUUCUCGCUGCAACGCUGGCUGGCGUGGGCUUCGGGAAUGCCGGUGUCCAUCUCUGCCACGGGAUGAGCUACCCCAUCUCCGGACAGAAUCCGGGAUAUAAGCACCCAGGAUAUGCUGUGGGCCACGAUAUCAUUCCCCACGGCGUGUCUGUUGCAGUCACUGCGCCAGCUGUUUUCAAGUUCACGGCGGCCAGCAACCCGGACCGCCACCUUGCUGCAGCGGAAGCUUUUGGGGUGGACAUUUCAAAUAUGAAAAGAGAGAGCGCCGGUGAGGUGCUGGGUGAAGCAGUGGCUGAGUUCCUGAUCGGGCUUGGAGACCAACCACGCGGGCUAAAGGAGCUUGGGUUCAACUCUAGCAAUCUGGACGACCUGAUCGAGGGGACUAUUCCACAGCAGCGCGUGUUGAACCUGGCCCCCAGCCUGAGCAAAGAACUGGGUGCGGAGAAAGAAGAACUGAGAAGGCUUUUCGAGGAAUCGAUGGAGUAUUAGUAGGCUAUAAGAAGUAAGCUUCCUGUAUGAUCUAAGUUACUUUCUAUUGCUUUUCAUUUUCCCAUACCGUAUUUUUUUCUUUUUUCUUUUCUUUUCCCCCUUUUUCUUCCAAUACAUUCCUGGUAAACCAUUGGACUGCAAACUACAUGUAUUAGAAUAAGAAUGUCGAGUUAGUAAUAACAGCAAAAACUUAGUUCCCGGAGUUUUUCCCAGUACAAAUAACCUCUGCCUGUCUAUGCCCAACAGUAACGGAUACCCGUGCUGUAUCCCGGCGGCUACGCCUGGAAACUCGAUUCGUCGCUGGGGACUAAUAUCAAGGGGGAUAAAAUUGGCUUCAAGUCGUCAACCGUGGUUGGUGUCUGGCCUGACUCAAUCCUUCAGCAUAAGGCUGGCGUCACAUUCAUGCAACAUUCGGACCUUGCGAGGAGGAGUCGUUGCUUACUUAUUGAGUCUUCAGACUACUCAUCGAUAAGUUUAGGAGAACAUAGGUUGAUGACACGGUGUGCUGGAAGUUUGAACGUAGUUGCAGGAUAUGCCUACAGCCUGUUGCUUGGAAAUUUAACAUUUUGUUCCAGUUCAGUUGAGAGGAACUUGCCCUCUUAAGGUUUCAUUCAACUCCAGACGAUUAGCUUAUUUGAAGGGCCAUUCCUCAAUACUCACCCUCCAAGUUACAGUAGCUACAUCGAACUGGGAGUUAAAUAAUGCAAGCCGACCUCCCAGCCCUUCUCCAGGCCCCCAGUUCCGAUUUCACCUUGAAAGCCCACUCCACUGCUGGAAGAAACGGUUCCAAACCAAAAUGAGACAAAUCAGGUUAACUAAUAGAAAUUCUUAUCUAUCAGGCAGGGUUCACAAGGGGACGGCAGAACGUCCAACUAGCCCAUUCGCUGCGCCCAAUAAUACCCCGGACUGUGCUGUGCCUAAGGCAGUUAACUUACUCCGGGGAGAUUGUGAGCGAUUGGGUGUUGGCUUGUUGAAUUGUUUGAAUAUUGAAUUUCCGGCUGGCUAGAGAUUGAAUACUGAUGCAUGCAUUGUGGCACUGAAUUGUCCCCCCCCUCCUAUCCCCCUCUCCCCCUCUCCCUAGUGUGUUCUUGUUCUUAUACCUAAAGCUUUUCGCGGAUUCAUGGGGCUGUGCGCCUUUCCGGAAAUGAGGAGAAGCUGAGCUGUUUAGGCCGGAGGAUGGUUAUGCAGAGAGGUAAGUAAGUUAAAAAAGUACAGUACAAGA